AGUUGAGUCAGCAUGCGUUCUUGUUGAGGAGGAUUACGUCGCAUUCAACCGUAUACCUUCGCAGAGCGCGUAUCUCGAGUCGUUCCUGCGUCUUUUUAUUCCUAUGUUAAACUGUUGUUUUGAUCGUUUUCUUUAUGUGAUUAGUGUCUGCAAAUAAUUAAGUUCAAAUUGGUUGAAUAAAACUAAAAUUCUUAUAAAAUAGUGUUCGAUGUUUUAAGCAUCCGAAGAAGGAAAACAAAGCAGCGGGUAAAAUUAUUUAGAAGGUAACAGAAUGAGCGACGCUGCGGUGCAAGAGUUGAAAAAACAAUUCGGUUCAUUGAGCAUCGGUCAAUCCAAUUGUACCGGAUGUACUGGAGAAGAGAAGGAGCUAGAUAUGAAAAACUUAAACAAAUACCAGAAGCAAGCGUACCAUGAUAUAUGCGAAUUAUUAAAGCAAGAAACUAAGUCAAUUAUCGCGAUCGAUGCUCCAAGCGGAAAUGGUAAAACGUUUCUUCUGUGCACUUUGGCUGUAAAGUACCAGAAACCGGUAAAGGUUAUUAUAUUUCGCAAAGACCAGGCAAGUGAACUUUCCUUGAAGAAUAUACAAUCGUACACGUUUGUAUCUUUUUGUAUGCAUCAUUUCGAUCUACUGUAUCAUCAAGCGCUGAAAAUGUUUCGAACGAUCGAUAAAGAUAAGAUUCGAGAACUUUAUAAGCUAAUCGUGUACUCUAAAAAGUUUGUCGCUGAAGACACAUCCGUUCUUAUUUUAGACAUAUACACUAUACCCUCACCGGCCAUGUUGCUUCUAUUAUACAUACUGUCCCUUAAACAUAACCUGCACUUAGUUUUUGCUGGGGAUGCUAUGCAAUUACAGCCUAUCAAUAAAUCUGUACUUCAUAAGGAAAGUAAUUAUUAUAUUAUUCAGAUAUUGAAGGACUUGACAAUAAGUAAUUUAAGUAAAAACAUGCGAAUAUGUGAUACCGAGUUUAAAAAGAAAGUAGCACGUUUUUAUGAACUUCUGCAGCAAGUACAACCUGCUGGGAACGUUCCGUUGAAUUAUAAACUACGUUAUCAUUUAUACACUCAGUUUCGACCGAAAUAUUUCACUGAAGAAAAUUUUGAUACUAUUUACAUUGCUCAAACUCAUCGCAACAUUACAAGACGUUUAUAUCGCUUCAUUGAACAUUUGAAGUCGACUGGCACAACGUAUUAUGAAGUACCAUUUCGUUUUGGACUAGAUGAUAUCGAGCUUCCUCUUCAUAGUCGUAAAAAUAAAUAUUUUCCCACCUUGCUGUUAGUACCAGGAUACAAAUAUAUAUACGUUACUGAAGCAGGUGUCCAUCAUGCUGUUCUCUUGGAGGAUAUACUGUUUGAAAACAAAAAAAUUGAGGGUUUGAAAAUCAGUUUUUUAAACGAUAAAAAUCGCGUUAAAACAAUUAGACGGGUUAAGCUUAAUUAUUAUCAGAUUUUACCAGAUUAUCGUAAUUGGUUAUAUCAAACCAGUAUGAUACAUGAUAAAAAUGAUAUAUCUCAAUUUCCUUUACGUCCAUAUACGCUGACAUAUCAUGCUACUCUAGGACGAACGAUCGACAAAGGCCAAGUAGAGCUUAGUACCGAGUGUGUAUACGCUAAUUUCUUAUACAUUGGUCUUUGUUCUGUACGCCACGAUUCCGAUAUUCAUAAAAUUCAUGAUGAACGAGAUCUGACAGGAUAUUUGAUGACGGAGUAUAUGGAAACUCUUUCACUAAAGAAAGACAGUGAAAAGUACUAUUAUCGUUGUCAUUUGGACAAAGGUGAAAUUCAUCGAUAUAUUGUUAAUAAUGAAAACAGCCAGCAUCUAGAUAAUAUAGAAUGGACGACUAUGAAUGAUAUACAUCAAUUUGAGAAAAGCCAGAUAGACUUUAUCCGCAUUAAACGUAGUGAAUACGAAAAGUCCAACAAGAAGGAGGAUACACCAUUCAUGCAAAUUGCAGAAUUUGUCAAAGAAAAUCCACAUGUGAUACUUAAGACAAUUGAAAUGGCACCUGUUGACAAGAAAAAGAAGAAGAAGAAGAAACAAGAACAAGAAAAUAAAAAGUACGAGGAACCAGAUGCAUUACGUUACUUACGUCAUAAAUACGAUCUGUGGCUUGAUAAAAAAGGAUUGAUAGAAAAGGAUUUACAAAAAUAAGUCUAUGUGCGAAUAUUAAAGAAAAUUCAUACUUUUAUAUUUUAUUUUGAUAUAUUUUCAUAAGAGUCUCUAUACAUAUAUGGUUUAAGCGGUUGAAAAUUAAUGUUACUGAAAGUAUAAUUACUAUAUUGCAGAUGUUUAUAUAUUUAUGGAUAAUUGAACCCAUUUGAAUCCAAGCGCGGAUUAUUACGCGAUCUGCGACUGUCUUCUAUGUAAAAAAAAUGUAUGUAAAAAAGAUGUCGUUUUACUAACAACUAUGCCUAGCUUAGGAUUUGCUGAAACAGAGAAGACAAACCGAUAUACCGGAUAAAAAUGUAUAAAACCAACAAUAGUAAUUGAUUAUAAUUAGAAUAUGGAUGGAGUUGAUGUUGACGAUCAAAUGUUAAGUAAGUUACAUACUAUGCAAAGAUGUAAAAAAGCCUGUAAGAAAAUAUUUUUUUACUUCAUAAACGUGAUGUUACUGAACAGUUAUGUAAUUUUUAAAAAUCAUAAAAAGGAUCGAGCUUUUCAUAUUUCUACACAACAACAACAAUUGACCGGAGAAAUUAUUUACCAAAUAUAAAAGUAAGUGAGACGCCUAAUGAUUCGAUAACGCGAUAUACUGACAGGCAUUUUCCUAUUCGGGUACGUGCAACUGCAGCGAAGGGAAACAGAACGUCAAAGCGAUGCGUUGCAUGCUUAUCUAAACGUUCUCGCAGAGAAACGGUCUUUAAAUGCCAUAUUUGCGAUGUACCAUUAUGUAUUGACCAUUUUAAAGAAUUCCACGAGAAAUGAUACGAUUUAAUUUCCAUUUUAGUCUAAAUAACUUUUUUUUAAAUAAAUAAUUUUUACUUUUUUCUCUGUUAUAAAGAAUGUAAGAUGCGAUGUUUGCGAACUAACAUUGUCUAGCAAUCGUUUUGAACAAUAAAUUUUCGAUAAACUCCAUGAAGAAUUCGGAUGUCAUUUACUACACCUACGACCGACCGCGCACGGUGAUGGGGACCAGUCGCCAGUUGAACGCCGCUUGAUGCCUUCGAAUGGCCGUUUAAAGUAGGGCCAUCAUGCAAAUGGCGGUUAUAGAUGCAAGAAUGAAUUAUGUGUAAGGUUCCAGUUCUGUGUCUGUGUUUUUAAAAAUUUCAAUUUACAUAAACAUCCGCAAUUUAAUAAUUAUGCUAAGCCUUCAAAUUGAUGCUUCUUGAGUUACAUUCAUAACAUGUUGUAGAAUUAACACGUUGACGCCGGCGCCGAUAUUUAUGGUUUUCUCUGUGAGGCGGCGCCCGAAUGCACCGUCUGCUUUGUGGGGCGGCGUAGCGUCGGAUUAGACUGACAAUUUUUCAACUUUGGCCUCAAUUUAUAGGAAAAUUACAAAAACUAUGCGAUUCUUGUUGGGUUCGAUGAAUUCCAUGUACUUCGACCAAUACAUUGAUAUACAAGUAGUUUGGCAAUAUCAAUUUGCAUAUAUCUAUAAAUGUUAAGUAAAGCUGACGGGACUCUAAUUUUGUACUCUUUUUGAUUUUUCU